UUUUCCAUUAUUAGAGAUUUUUGCAUUAAAUUCAGAUGAAAGUGAAGUGAAAGCAGCCUAAUGUGUAGUUAUUUGCCUAAGAUCUUCCUAAUGUACUGUUGAUAAAAGAGAUCAUAGAUGUGAAGUUGUCCAAGGAUGGGAGUGAUAGUUUUUCUUCACAGACGCCGUAGAGCGUUUCUUCUGCGCGUGUUUGCCGUUCUGAUGGUCGUUGGCAUCAUGUGCCUCUGGUUGAGAUCUGAUACAAAACUUGAUGAAAGUGAUGAUAAAAUUCUGCUUCCCGCCCGUGCGGUUCCAGCUGGCACAAAUGACGGUCCCGCUAGGUUAGUUCCCGACAAUGUCAACAAUAAGGGCUUCGGUAAUCCUGAAGAGGUUGUGCUUAAAGUACCGGACAAUAAUUUGGAUUUCAGAGAUGAUAAACUCCACAAGUCGGAUGCUGCCCUUGGUAUGGGCGUUGUGCCAGGAGACGACGCAGAAGCUGAACAGCGAGCAAGAGCUCUGGCGAUGUUCGCUGCUGAUGACGCAAAAAUUGUGCCUGGUCUGGGCGAGCGAGGCAAAGCUGUUCACAUGAAAGGAGAAGAAGGAAUACUUGCUGAUGAAAGCGUCAAAGUGGACGCCUUCAACCGCAUUCUCAGUGACAAAAUCGCAUACAACAGAAGCGUGCCCGACUCCAGAGACCCCUUAUGUGCCCGAGUGACGUACAGUUCACAGCUUCCCAGCGCCUCGGUGAUAAUUAUUUUCAACAACGAGGCUUGGUCGCCGCUCAUCAGGACGAUACACUCGGUCAUCAACAGGUCGCCUAAGCAGCAUCUGCACGAGAUACUCCUAGUCGACGACUUCUCCGACCGAGAGGAGCUUGGCGAGAAGCUGGAGCUGUACAUCAAGUACCGCCUGCCACCGGACCUGGUGCGCGUAGUGCGUCUGCCGCACCGCCACGGCCUCAUACGCGCGCGUCUCGCGGGGGCCAAAGCUGCUACUGGAGACGUGCUCAUCUUCCUUGACUCGCAUUGUGAGGCUAAUGAGAAAUGGAUGGAGCCCAUGCUGCAGCGCAUCAAGGAGAGCCGCACGGCCGUCCUCGUGCCCAUCAUUGAUGUCAUCGACGACAAGACGCUCGAGUACUACGCUGGCAACGGCCGCUACUUCCAGGUUGGGGGCUUCACGUGGUCAGGCCACUUCACUUGGAUCGAAGUCACUCCUGAGGAGGAGAGACGCAGGGGCAACCCCGUGGGCCCCACCCGGUCCCCGACGAUGGCUGGGGGGCUGUUCGCGAUGGACCGGCAGUUCUUCUGGGACGUGGGUGGCUACGACGAGGGCAUGGACGUGUGGGGCGGCGAGAACCUCGAGAUGAGCUUCAGGGUUUGGAUGUGCGGCGGAACUCUGGAAACAAUGCCAUGUUCGCGCGUGGGCCACAUCUUCAGGUCCUUCCAUCCUUACACCUUCCCUGGGAAUAAAGAUACGCACGGCCUCAACACCGCCAGGCUCGCCGAGGUCUGGAUGGACGACUACAAGAGGCUCUUCUACAUGAACAGACCAGAGCUGCAGACGGCAGAUUAUGGCGACGUCUCUCCCCGACGCGCGCUGCGUGAACGUCUGCAGUGUCGCUCGUUCCGCUGGUAUCUCGAGAACGUUUACCCUGAGAAGUUCGUGCUGGACGAACAGAGCUUCGCUUACGGCAGGCUGCGCAACAACGGCACUCGUCCCCACCUCUGCCUCGACACUCUGCAGGCCGACGAGAAAAGACCCUACGACAUAGGCUUGUACAAUUGCCACGACUUCGAGGCCUCUUCGCAAAGCGGCCACCUCAUGCACAAAGCCACGAACCUCUGCCUGGACACGGCGGGCGGCUCUGCCAUGGCGCUGGCGCAGGCGCAGGAGUGCCGCGCCGUGGCGUCCCAGCAGUGGUGGUUUGAACACUACAACGCGGCGCGGUGA